AUGCAGGAUCAUAUCAAGAGCAAGGUAUCUGCGCGUGAGGCGCAUACGAAGGCCCGAGAUGUUAUCCUGCAAAGCGGCAUACCAAUCAACAUGUACCACAUCAGUAAUGUUUUCAAGGCAUUAGAGGAAUAUGUGGUAGUGAUCCCUGAGCGUAUCAACGAGGACUCACUUUACUAUGUUACCAGUGAUGAUUUGGGGACUCUCAUCCAAGCGCUGAAUAACAUGGCUGAUCCAGAUACAGGUUGUCUCAACCUGUCAACUGAAAUGUUUUACAAGAUGUCGGUCACAAUUCGACCAUCCCACGGUAUUAGCCCGGACGGCAAAGAUCUUGACAGAGUUCACGAAGAGGUCAUGCUAAAGGAGAGUAGACGGAUGCUCUAUUGUGAGAGCCUCUGCGCAGAUCGGAACCGCCGAGGUGGUGCCGCCAACCAAGCAGAAAGCCAGCACAAGUCUGGCCACAUCAACACAUCUCGGAAUAUCAGCGAAGAUGGUGUUGCUCCCGCCGUGACAGUGCAGACAGGGAGCGACAAUAUCUCUGCUUUUACUCCUCUCGAUAUACCUGAAAGUCCGGCUCAGACUAGUAUCAAGGUUGAACCUGAUUCAGCUGCCUCUGACGACAUGGACAUGGUUCCGACAAGGUCACGCCGAGGUGAAACACCAUUAACGAUAUGGCAAUUGUUGAAUUACCCUCACCGCACACCAGAUGACCUGGUCAGAUCAGUGGACGCCACCGCAUCAACUUCGCAGGUCAUCGGGAGACAUCGGCAGAAGGAAGAAGCUGAUUCAGCCGGAGAAGCCCAACGAGAGUCGCACCGCGCGACCACUAACAGGCCAGCCAAAAGAGUCAAGCGCGAGGCCGAGUCUCAUGACGGCGGAAAAUAG